UUUUCGAGUUUUGAAAUUAGUAUUGAAAUCGUCGUUAGCGGCGACGGACUUGAAUUUUCGACGCUCAGCUUGAAAUCGCCUCUCUGGCGCUGCUGUUUUUGAAGUUUUAAAAGGUGAACCACCAAAUCCACAUGUUAAUGCCACGCUACUUGGGCCUGAACGAUAGCUCCACUUCGUCUGGCAACCACGGACCUGUCGCCGGCAGCUCCUCGUCUCCGCCGACGACAGUGGCCGCUCACACGAAGAUGCGUUUGCUGAGCAAAGUGGAGCAGAACAUGCGUCAGAACCAAGGUCAAAGCAGCCAGAGCAAUUCGAGCGGCCAGGAAAUCAGCCACCUCCUGAGCACAGCGGCCACUGGCAAUGGCCUGGUGGGCGACGUUGACGGACUGCUGACGCCCAUGCGCAUUAAGGCGCAUCUGUCGCCACCACACUCCGCCAGCAGCCUUAACGGGAGCUUUGGCAAGGGCGACACCUCGAUGAGCUCUCGACCAGAGCGCAACCUGUGGAGCCGUGCCGAAAUGCUGGAGAUGCUGAGCAUCAUGCAGAAUAUGAACGCGUUGGAUCAGCUGAACGACCGCAACCUGAAGAGCGAGCACGUCUUCAAGCAAAUCGAGGAAAUCAUGCGCAGCAAGGGCUACGUGAAAAAGUCUAGCAUCCAGAUCUGGACCAAGUGGAAGUUUCUCAAGUCCACAUACAACACCACCACACGGCACGGCACCGGAGUGCCCAAAGUGGUCCCGGAGGAGGUGUAUCGCGUGCUAUGUCGGAUGCUGCAAAACCAUCAAAGCAGCAGCAACAGCGUCAGUGCCAACCUCAGUGAGUGCGGCAACUCGAUGGACAGCUCCAAGACCGUCGGCGAAGAAACCAAAGAAGAUAUCCUGGGCGUGGAGCAUCCCAUAUUUGGCUUCCGACUGGGUCCCAUUAAACCAGAGCCAAUCGAUACGGGUUAUGAGACCCUGCUGAAGUCUGACAUGGUGUCCGAACCGGAUCUGGAAGCCUAUGAUUAUGGAAGCGGGGAUGCCGCAGAGGACAGCCACCGUGAUCAAGACGAAGUGCCCCAUAUGCCGUUCAUAGUAUCAGUAAAACACGAACCGGACAUGGAUCUAGGGAUGGACGGCACCAACACACCGCCACCGACAGCGCCAGCCUCGCCUUCUCCGCCGCCGCCGGUGGUUUUAGAUGAAGUCGACGAUGGUCCCGCCUACGCAUCUACGCCGGAAACACUCCCGCCACUUCGCGUUGCAUCCUUUGCCAAGGGAGACGAGCACCGACGACCCACACAUGGUAUCCUGCAGAUCGAUCGUCCUCCGCCUGCGCUAACCAAGAUGGGCCGGAUGAAUCGAUCGCUGCCGCUUCAGAGCACGAGCAACAUCAACUUCGUGCAUCCCCACAGCAAGCUUAUGCUACCCCGCAAGCAGAACGCGAGUCCCGCCCAAUCCGGACUGCGUCUCCCAAGGGAUCUUAGUGUCCAGCCGACGGGCAACAUGCGCAUGAAGACGGUGCCCAUGCGGGACACGGGAUACUCGCUGCGACCGGACCGAAUGAUUCCCGAUCUGGACCAGGCGAUGAACAGUCCCCCGCAGUCGCCUUCGCCAAUGGCUUCUUUGUUGGCCCGUGGACCGCCGCCUAAGUAUCCGAUGGUCGGACAGCAAACGGGUGGUACUUCCACCAGCAGACAUGGUCACAUGAUGUCCUCGCACCAACUGACUCCUCAUCAGCACCAGCAGCUUCAGCCUCGGAAGCGUCGCUUGGGGCAGAGCCCACCCAUGGGCAUGCCCGUGCCUGUAAAGCUGCAGCGCAGCUCCACAAUGUACGAUUCCUCUCCGCCGAAAGGCUUCCGACCGCAGUCAGCGAUGGGAGCUGGAGAGGAAACGAAGCGAAAGUCCAGCGAGGAGGAAUCUAAGUUACGUAAGAAACGGCAGGAGGAGUUGUUUGCGAAGGAGCUGACCGAAAUGGCCAAUGCCAUGCGCUCGGCCCAGAAGGAGAUGCUGGAGGACUUCUUUAAGCAACAGAAAGAGUUCGUGCGGCGAGAGCACAACUUCCAGAUGAAGCAGGACUCGAUGGUGAUGCGAGCCCUACGCAAGCAGACGGAAACCCUGUUGCAGACCGCCAAUGAGCUGGUUGGUGAAGCUCCUGAGCACCCUAACGACGAGCCGCAGGCUAAGGAUCAUUUCGUUGCCGAGACCCAAAUGCCUUUUGAGCCAGAAACACAGAUGCAAGUUCCUGAAGUCCCAGAUGGAGCUGGGAAAGCGGAUGAGGAUGCGGAGGAAACUUUGAUAGAGGGAGAGAAUGAGUUCAAUGAAGAAGAGGAAGGGAAUGAUGGCGAUGAGGAGGAUGACAAUGAUGAUGGCGAAGAAGGGGACGAAGGCGAAGACGAUGCCGACGAACAUAUGGGCGCGGAAAGCGACAUGGAAAUGUCCACGCUAGCCAUGUCCGCCUCAGCUCCAAGCGAAGACUACUCGAAUGAAGUUACCGGCGAAGUCUAGUAAUCGACUCGUCUGCUUCCCCAACUAUUCCAUUAUGCAUGCUAUCCCUCCAAGUAUUACCCAAAAAAGAAAACAAGACACCAUUGUUGAUACCGAUUCAUUCCAAUCGCAUUCCUUAAGCUAUAUAUACUAUAUAGUAGAUUCCUAGAGCCAGACCCGCGCAUUGUUAAAAGACUUGAUUACAUUUAAGCAUAUUAAUACAUAAACGAAUCCUAAACGUAAAUUAAUUGUAUUUAUUGUUUAUUAAGCCCCCAAAGUGCUGUAAAGUUAUUGAAACAACACACAAUAUGAUAAAUAUUACAAAUAAAUAUGUACAUUAACUGAA